ACACAUGCUACUAACAAAAACUUUCGUGAGACACUCCAAAACUGCAUUUGUGUUUGUGAGAGUCGCGAAGUAACAUUUCUUUUCACUUCUGCCUAUAGUCGAACCGCUGAGUCGGUUACGCGAAGUGAAAGGUACAAGUCCCAUUUUUCAAAUUUUCUGUUGUCCGGUUUGUGCGUACAGAUCUUCUGAUUUGGUGCUCACACACUGAGUGGUAAUUGGGGCUAGGUGGAUUGGUUUUUUCUCAGGUUAACAUGUCUUCAUUGAUGCACGCAAUGGUGGAAAAUUACAAUGAAUUCGUCGAAUCAAGAGAUCCCCUGGUUGAUUCCUGGCUCUUCAUGAAGUCCCCGAUUCCGGUUGUUUCAAUCCUACUCGCAUACCUUUACUUCGUGCUGAAAUUGGGACCGCAGUUGAUGGAAAAGAGGAAACCCUACGAUCUAAAAAAACUCAUGAUCUUUUACAAUGCCUACCAAGUUUUGUUCAGUCUCUGGCUAUGUUCUCAAGCUUUGAAAGUGAAGAAGCCGGUACAACUUCUCAGUCACACUUGCAAGAAUCCAUCGACGAAUAAAGAGUUCCAAGAAGUGUUAUCGAAUGGAGCUUGGUGGUACUUCUUUUCAAAAAUUGUUGAGUUGAUGGAUACCGUAUUUUUUGUACUGAGGAAAAAACAAUCUCAAGUCACAUUUCUUCACGUCUACCAUCAUGCCUGUACAAUGUUUUUUUCGUGGGGAUAUUUGAAAUUUUUGCCAGGUGAACAAGGUGUCGUCAUAGGAUUUUUGAACUCUUUGGUACAUGUUGUAAUGUACUUCUACUAUUUCCUGGCAGCCCUAGGUCCUAAAUACCAAAAAUACUUAUGGUGGAAAAAGUAUAUGACAUGGAUUCAGCUGACCCAGUUCUGUAUUAUGCUGGCUUAUCUCGUCUUCAUCAUUGCCAUGGAUUGCAAACUGCCAAAAUCUCUAACAUUCUUCUUCGUUGCAAAUGUUGUGAUUUUCCUUUACCUCUUCAGUGAUUUUUACAGAAAGGCCUACAAAAAGAAAAUGCCGGUACACAAAGAUCUUGGAGACUCGAAUGGUGUUUCCAAUGGAAUUGUGAAGUUCAAAGAACAUUAGAAUAAUUAAUUGAAUUAUAUUUAUUGUAUAGUUGCGUUUUGUGGAUUCAGCUGAAAUAAUAUUCCCAGAAUUUCUCGAGACGUAGUUGGCACAAUUUUAGCUGAAUCAACAAAUUCUUUUGUGUGAAUACCAUAUUGAUUUCUUAUUAUGAAUUCUGUUAUGUUUUGUUAUUCCUUAUACUUACUGCAAGGAAUAUAUAUCUGUUUUGUGAUAUACAGCCCUUGUUGACUUGUGAUAAUUAUUGAGGAAUUUGAGAAGAUAGGUUCAUCUGAUUGUUGGUACAUAAAUAUAAGAAUUCUGUUGUUUCCCCAAUGAAACUUUUGUUUUCAUUCGUUCAUCCAUUUUCAAGCAGUGAGGACAUCUUUGAAAACAAUUAUUUUCAUAGAAUAUUCUGAAGUAUGGUACAUAAUUUAUCUCUAAAGUAAAUAAAAUUGCGUUCUAUACAA